UAGUGUUGUUUUCUCCACUCGAUCAUCUUGAUAAUAGAUUUUAAGCUCGGUUAUGGCGAAAUCACCGGAGGAAGUUCACCCAGUGAAGGCUAUCGGAUGGGCGUCAAGUGACGCAUCCGGAGUUCUAUCUCCUUUUCAGUUCUCUAGAAGAGCAACUGGUGAAAAGGAUGUUUCUUUCAAGGUUCUGUUUUGUGGGAUAUGUCAUUCAGAUCUUCAUCAGAUAAAGAACGAAUGGGGUAAUAGCAUUUUCCCCGUGGUUCCUGGACAUGAGAUUGUUGGCAUUGUGACUGAAAUUGGUGAGAAGGUAGAGAAAGUUAAGGUUGGUGAUAAAGUUGGCGUGGGAUGUAUGGUUGGCUCUUGCCAUUCUUGCGAUAACUGUUGUCAAGACCUGGAAAACUAUUGCCCCAAGAUUAUUUACACCUAUAACUCAAUCGACGAAGAUGGGCAUCCUACUUAUGGAGGAUAUUCUGACAUAAUGGUCGCCAAAGAACAUUUCAUCAUCAAAAUACCAGAUGCUCUUCCUCUAGAGGCAUGUGCUCCACUUCUUUGUGCAGGAAUCACAACCUAUAGCCCAUUGCGCUUCUUCGGGUUGGAUAAGCCUGGAAUAAAUGUGGGCGUUGUCGGUCUUGGUGGCUUAGGCCAUUGCGCGGUUAAGUUUGCAAAGGCUUUCGGAGCUCAAGUUACUGUUAUCAGUACCUCCCCUGGCAAGAAGAGUGAGGCAGUUGAUCGGCUUGGUGCUCAUUCGUUUUUAGUCAGUAGUAAUCCUGAUGAGAUGAAGGCUGCCAUUGGUACACUGGAUGGAAUAAUUGAUACUGUUUCUGCUCCACACGCUUUAGAUCCAUUGAUCAGCCUGUUGAAGUCGCAUGGAAAGCUUGUUCUUGUUGGUGCGCCAGAGAAGCCUCUUGAAUUUUCAGCGUUUUCUCUACUCAUGGGGAGAAAGAUUAUUGCUGGGAGUGCGAUAGGUGGAAUUAAGGAGACACAAGAAAUGAUUGAUUUUGCUGCAAAGCAUGGCGUGACGGCGGAUAUUGAGGUUAUUCCGAUCGAUUAUGUGAACACGGCCAUGGAGCGUUUGGCUAAGGGUGAUGUCAAAUACCGAUUUGUUAUUGAUGUAGGAAACACUCUUAAGUCUAUCACUGCCUAAUUUAUUAUUUACAUGUUUUUGCUUCUUU